CGUCCGCUGCUGGACAGGGAUUUGGAACUAUUUUUAUAUCAUAUUUUAAACAGAACUUGCGUCAACCAAACAGUGCGUAAAAGUUCUGCUUUGAAUUUGCGUUUUUUCGACAAGGGAUCUCUUGCGGCAAAGCAAACAUCCCCGCACCACACCACACUGCACAGACAAUGAAAUAACGUCAUUAUAUACUGCUUAUUUUAAUGUAGAAUACUUUAUAAUCAAUGACAAUUCAAAAUAUAUAUAUAUCAAUUUGUAAGUUUUUUUUUUAAAUAUCUCGUCAUAUUGCCCACAGGAGCAUAUAUAGAAAGCAUCCUAACUGUGCCGAGCCUCGAAUCGAGACAACACCGAUAAAAAUGACCCAAUAUUAAGGCAUCUCCUUCCUCUGUCCCCCUUUCGUCAAAUAUUGUCUACUGGUAUCUGGACCCGGCGAUCAAGACCAAGUCCGACCCUGUUUACUUGCGCGCUGCUGGAGGAGGGGGGGAGAGAGAAAGAAAGAGAGAGAGAGAGGAGAAGAGAGAGAGAGACUGCAAUAUCAUUUGUGAAUCCCUCUCACAGUGCUGCAGAUAGGGGCUGCCAAACACAUGCGGCGCGUCUGCAGGUGAGGGAACAGGCUGAAUGUGCCGGACACACUGAGGAAUUCAACCAACGUUUCCGAAAUAAACUGCGUCGGAUAUACAUUUUUAAUUGUUUUGAUUUUUCUUUCUUAAUGCAACCUUUGGCAUUGUAGAGUUGCAAAAGGGAAGAACUGUUCUGCCUGCAGGCUGCAAGUGACUUGGAGGAAGAGAGCAGAGUAGGCAGUCGGACAGGUAAUUUAUUUCAUAUUCACAUCCUCAAGAUCGGAGAGUUGUCAGGCUUCCUGCAGUCAACCCUCGCUGCCAGAUGAGUUUUGGAAACUGCGCGGGCAUUUACACGAUCCACUGUCAUAUGGACAUAUCGCCGGAGAGAGGAAUAUUGCUGCCUCACCCAAAAAAAAGGAGAUUCUAACCUGAAACUGUGAGUAAAACGGCGGUAUAUGGACUGAAUUCACUUUCUGGUGAUCCGGUGAUGUUCGGACUAGCCUGUAACAUUUUGGCUUUUACGCGCAUGCAAUUCCAAUAUUUGUGGGAGCGCACGGUGCCUCUCUGACGACUUUUUAAUAUCAUUGCGUUUUUUUAAAAUUACUAUUACAAGGAAAGAGCAACUAACAUUCGGUGCUGGAGGAGGGGAAGCAGAGAACAGACGAGAGUCCGUGCACUUGCUGCUUUGCACUGCAGCAGGAGCGAUGUAGGAAGUCUCGCGCAUCCCGCAGCAGAAGGCUUUGCUCUUUAUGAAAACGAUUUUUUUUUUCCAUAGUCAGACUCUCCGGUAGUGAUAGAAUUUUUUUUUUGUGUCGACAUUUUCAAAUCUAAGUGGACAUUUUUUCACGGGAGAACAAUGAGGACUACUGGUGCAGUGGACUAUUUGUACUAUAGCAUGCUCAUCCUGCAGCUUGUGCAUCAGCCCGCUGCCAAGCAAGUGCUCCGGUACCGUUUGGCUGAGGAGGGACCCGAUGUCAGAGUAGGGAACGUAGCCGGCGACCUGGGCAUUGUUGCCGGGUCCGGCGAGGUGACAUUCACGCUAGAGUCAGGCUCUGAUUUAAAAAUAGACAACAUAACAGGUGAGCUCGCCACCAAUGAGAGGCGCAUAGACCGUGAAAAAUUACAGCAGUGCCAAAUGAUAUUUGAUGAAAACGAGUGUUUUAUAGAUUUUGAGGUGUCAGUGAUUGGACCAGCCCAAAGCUGGGUUGACCUCUUUGAGGGAAAAGUAAUCAUAUUAGAUAUAAAUGAUAACACACCGUCUUUCCCCUCGCCUGUCCUGACACUGUCUGUGGAGGAAAACAGACCCAUUGGAACGCUUUAUCUGCUCCCCACAGCCACAGACAGAGAUUUUGGCAGAAAUGGAAUAGAGCGAUAUGAGCUUAUCCAGGACAAUGGGGAAAACUCAAGGCGCUUGGGCUCUUCUGGGGAUUCAUUCUCGGGGAAGAGGAGAUUUGAGGAAGGAGCAAGCAGGAGCAGCGUCUUUGAACUGCAAGUUGCUGACACUACUGAUGGAGAGAAGCAGCCUCAACUCAUCAUUAAAGGGGCCCUUGACAGGGAACAGAGAGACUCCUAUGAGCUCACACUCCGUGUUAGGGAUGGAGGUGAUCCCCCGCGCUCCUCCCAGGCCAUUCUUAGGGUGAUGAUCACUGAUGUGAAUGACAACAGCCCUCGAUUUGAGAAGAGUGUGUAUGAAGCUGACCUACCAGAAAACAGCUCCCCUGGUGCCCCCAUACUGCAGCUCAAAGCGGCUGAUGCAGACGUGGGGGUUAAUGGUCAAAUAGAGUAUGUGUUUGGGGCAGCCACAGAGUCAGUAAGGAGACUGCUGAGGUUGGAUGAAAGCACAGGGUGGCUGAGUGUGUUGCACCGCAUCGACCGUGAAGAAGUGAGCCAGCUUAGGUUCACAGUAAUGGCCCGUGACCGGGGCCAACCACCAAAAAUGGACAAGGCCACUGUGGUGUUGAACAUUAAGGAUGAAAAUGACAACGUUCCUGCUAUAGAGAUAAGGAAAAUUGGACGCAUUUUCUUAAAAGAUGGCAUAGCCAACGUGGCCGAGGACGUAGUGGUGGACACACCCAUUGCCUUAGUUCAGGUGUCAGACCGUGACCAGGGGGAAAACGGCAUUGUGACCUGCACAGUGGUAGGGGAUGUUCCCUUUCAGCUCAAACCAGCCAGCGAGAUGGAGGGUGAGCAGAAUAAAAAGAAAUAUUUCCUCCACACGUCUGCAACGCUGGACUAUGAGGCCACACAGGAGUACAAUGUGGUCAUAGUGGCUGUGGACUCUGGAAGCCCCAGUCUGGCAAGUAAUAACUCUCUUAUCGUCAAAGUGGGCGACACUAACGACAACCCUCCUAUCUUCAGCCAGAAUGUAGUAGAGGUGUCGUUUCCAGAAAGCAAUGCCCCUGGUGAACGGGUGACAACAGUAGCAGCCAUCGAUGCAGAUAGUGGGAAGAAUGCUGAAAUAGCCUAUUCCCUAGACUCAUCAGUAAAUGGGAUUUUCUCUAUUGACGCAGACAGUGGAGACAUCCGAGUAAACACCAUUCUGGAUAGAGAGCAAACGGAGCGCUACGAAUUCAAAGUGAUAGCCAAAGAUAAGGGCAUAAACACUCUACAGGGUUCAGCAACAGUGGUUGUCCUUGUGGCAGAAAAUGACAAUGAUCCAAAGUUCAUGCAGGAUGUGUUCACUUUCUACAUUAAAGAAAACCUUGAGCCAAACAGCCCAGUUGGCAUGGUCACAGUCAUUGAUGCAGAUAAAGGCCAUAAUGCAGAGAUGAGUCUUUUCAUUGAGGAAGAGGAGGACAUCUUUUCCAUUGAGAAUGACACAGGGACUAUUUUCUCCAGUCUGUCGUUUGACCGAGAGCAAACCACAUACACAUUCCGUGUCAAGGCUGUGGACGGUGGUGAUCCACCCAGAUCCGCCACCGCCACAGUUUCACUCUAUAUGGAUGAUAAUGACAAUGCACCAACAGUCACUUUCCCAAUAAACAGCUCCUACACUCUUCUUCCUCCCUCCAGCAACAUCAGAACAGUAGUCAGGACUGUCAUAGCCACUGAUGCCGACACUGGCAUCAACGCAGACUUGAACUACAGCAUCAUUGGGGGAAACCCCUUUAAGCUGUUUGAGAUUGAUGGGGGCACUGGGGUCAUUUCACUGGUGGGGAAGUUGGAGCAGAAGCACUAUGGCCUCCACAGACUAGUGGUCCAGGUAAACGACAAGGGUCAGCCUUCACAGAGCACCACGACACUAGUUCACGUGUAUGUCAAUGAGACACUUUCCAAUUCCACAGUUGUGGACACCCAGGUGGCUAAGAGUCUGAGCACGUCUCUGAACACCAACAUUGCCGGGGACCCCAACUAUGAUCUAAGCAAACAGCGGCUAAGCAUCGUCAUUGGAGUAGUUUCUGGCAUCAUGACGGUUAUCCUCAUUAUUCUAGUCGUCGUCAUGGCCCGUUACUGCCGUCCCAAGAAUAAGAACGGCUACGAGGCCGGCAAGAAGGAUCACGAAGACUUCUUCACGCCACAGCAGCAUGAUAAGUCCAAGAAGCCCAAAAAAGAUAGGAAGAAACAAAAGUCCAAACAGCCACUCUAUAGCAGUAUCGUCACCGUAGAGGCCUCCAAACCCAACGGGCAGCGCUACGAUGGCGUCAACGAGAAGCUGUCGGACAGUCCUGGCAUGGGACGCUACCGGUCAGUCAACGGAGGACCAGGGAGCCCAGAUCUGGCUCGGCACUACAAGUCCAGUUCACCGCUCCCUACUGUCCAGCUUCACCCGCAGUCUCCGACAGCUGGAAAAAAGCACCAGGCAGUUCAGGACCUGCCCCCUGCCAACACCUUUGUUGGCACCGGAGAUAACAUUUCCCUUGGAUCUGACCACUGCUCUGAAUACAGCAGUCAAACCAUCAACAAGUACAACAAACAGGUAAGAAGACACGUUUCUAUGCUCUUUUUUUGUUUUCCUUCUUCCCUCCACCACUCUUAA